AUCAUUUGCUUUUUGUAUCAGACAGUGGCUGCUGGUAAUUGGGAUACUUAUCCUCAAGUCCCAAAAACUGCCAGUAUCAAUGGGUUUGCUGACCCCAUAGAAAGCAAGCUUCCUUCUUGUGCCAAAGACUGUGUCAAGUUUGAUACUGACAAUACACCAUGUCCUUACUGGGAUACUGGGUGUUUGUGUGUGAUGCCUCAAUGGUCUGGUGAAGUUGCUGAAUUUUCUUGUCUUGUUGAUGCUUGUUCCGGUACCGAUAUCAACUCUUUCACCAGUUUAGCUACUUCACUUUGUUCUUCGGCUGGUGUUGGGUCUCCAUACUGGUACAUUGCUUCUUCUGAUUCAUCACUUUUAGCCUCUGCUGCAGCAAAGACU